AUGGCCCAAGAAGAAAUCCUUCAGCCGCUGAUGAAUUUCAGCAAUGGGGGCAACCAAGUUGUAAAGGUCCUCAUGCCAAGGAUUGGUUACACCAUUUUAGCUAUAAUAAUGGCAAUAUUUUGCACUGCUGCUAUCAUUCUAAAUGUUACAGUCAUUAUAGUGACCAUUAAAUAUCGGCAUCUGAGGCACCCAAUCAACUAUUCCUUAGUCAACUUAGCAGUUGCCGAUCUAGGUGUGACCGUUCUGGGAGGUCUCCUUACAGUAGAAACUAAUGCUGUUGGCUACUUCAAUCUUGGAAGAGUUGGCUGCGUCAUAGAAGGGUUUGCUGUGGCAUUUUUUGGGAUUACAGCCCUAUGUACAAUUGCAGUCAUAGCUGUGGACCGUGUGUUUGUAGUAUGCAAGCCUAUGGGGACCUUAACAUUCACGCCAAAGCAGGCCUUGGCAGGCAUAGCGGUCUCCUGGAUUUGGUCCCUCAUAUGGAACACUCCACCGCUCUUUGGCUGGGGCAGCUAUCAACUGGAAGGCGUUGAAACGUCCUGUGCUCCUGACUGGUACAGCACCGAUCCUGUCAACAUGUCCUACAUCAUAAGCUUUUUCUGCUUCUGCUUUGCAAUCCCAUUCCUGAUCAUCGUGGCCUCUUAUGGAUAUCUCAUGUGGACUCUACGGCAGGUGGCCAAAGUAGGGGUAGCAGAAGGAGGAACAACCAGCAAAGCUGAAGCCCAAGUCUCCCGUAUGGUCCUAGUGAUGAUUAUGGCAUUUCUUGUCUGCUGGCUCCCAUAUGCAGCCUUUGCUAUGAUGGUUGUGGCAAAUCCUGGCAUGUACAUUGACCCAGUAAUAGCCACUGUACCAAUGUACCUGACCAAAACCAGCACUGUAUAUAAUCCAAUUAUAUACAUAUUUAUGAAUAAGCAGUUCCAGGAAUGUGUGAUACCUUUUCUAUGCUGUGGUAGGAAUCCAUGGGCCAUCGAACCAUCUGUGUCUUCGGAGGAGACAGUAUCUAGUAGAACAAGCAGCUCCACUUCAAGAAAAGGCCAAGUGUCUCCGGCUUGAACUUUUGUA